AUGUCGACUUUGAGGUAUGCCUACCGCGCCAAGAGCAUAAAGAACAAGCCCAGGAUCAACGAGGAUCCAAAGGAUGCCAUGAUCCGGGAGUACCAGGAAGAGAUUAACCGCCUGAAGGCGGAACUGGAAGCUGCUGGCGGCGUGGAUGGAGAAGAAGGGCAUAUGGCGGGAGGGGUACCCCUCCCGCCGCGCGUGGAGAAGCAGGUGGAGUAUGUGGACAAAAUCGUCGAGAAGAUCGUCGAGAGAGAGGUGGUUGUCGAGCAGGGACCAAGUCCCGAAGAGGUGGCGCAAAUGGAGGCUCAGCUUCGUCAGCAGAACGAAGAGGCCCGCCUCAAAGCCGAGGCAAAACGUCGCGAGGUGGAGGCGCAGCGGGACUUAGCCGAGUCCGAGAGGUUACGUCUCCUUGCACAGAUCGACGAGCAGGAGCAAGAAGCGAUGCAGGAAGAGCAGCGCAAAGUGGAGCUCCAGGCGAAGCUCCAGCACAUGGAGCACAAGAUGGUUCAGGGCAAGCAGAUCAUGGAGCAAGCCAUCCAGCAAGAGCAGGAGCUGAAAAAGCACGAGAAGCGACUGCGCAAGCAACAGGAGAGAGAGACCGAGCUCCGCCAGAUAGAGGAGCAGCAGAGGCAGGAGAAUCUCCUCCUAGAGGAGAGGUGCGCAUCGCAGGAGGAGCAGGUAGUGAAGCUUACGACAAAGCUGCAGAAGCUUUGGGACAAGUACCAGAAAGCUCAGCAGGAGAUGGUGGAUUUGCAGCACUUCAACCAGCAGGAGCGUGAGGACAUGCUCUCCAUGAUUCGGGACCUUCGACAGACGCUCAAGCUCAAGGCGCUGAUCAUGGAGUCGUUCGUCCCCAUGAAGGAGAUCCAGAACACCCAGGAGCGUGCGGUUUGGGAUGGCGAAGAGGACGAGUGGAGAAUCCAGCCGGUGACUUUGGACAAGGAGAAUCGCCCUAAGCGGCCGAACUCGGUCAUGGGGCUGCCCAGGCCAACUUCUGAAUUCGCCCGCCUGAACCGGACGAUGGGGGACUCCAAUCCCAGGUACAUGUACGACAACAUUGUCUUCACGGACCUGGACUUGCCAGAGCGCACCACAGAAGACUACGAGGUGCAGCCAGAACUCGGUGACCGCAUCGAGCGAGCGAUUACGCUGGCCCUCUCGCACGAUGACGAUGAUGUGAAGGAGGCAAAGGGGGCGGAGAUGCCGGGGGAGAAGGCGAGCCAGAAAAAGACGAGGCCCGCCAGUGGAAGACCGGGUUCGGCCGUAAAGCGCGAUGGUGCGCCGCCCUCGGCUUUCCCACAGGCUCGUGGGCUGGUGAGCCGCGAGUAG